GCUUUAUUGUGUGGGUGGCUGCUGUGCUUUAAGUGUACACGCCCAACUAAAUCAACACUUUUGUUUGUGAAGUGUCAGUCAUGGAGGAUCCUAUACUGCCUCCUAGUUCUGCCCCGAUCCUGCCCUCUCAGAGCUCCAAGGCAACAAGCUCCAGUGCUAUCAGUCACCCAGGCCAGGUAUGCUAUGAGAGAGUCCUCCCCUCAGAAUCUCACUUCUACAAGCCCCCUCCACCACCAGUACGCACAGAUGACGACGUCUGCCCCCUGCCGCUGGAUGCUGUGGGGUUCAUUAAUAAACUAUGGAAGAAAAACGACCUCAAAGUGUACUUCCUGACCCCCCACCCUGACGAGGACCUGAUCAUCAGCUGGGCCAGCGAGUGGAGCAACUACUGUGCCAUCACCUUCACCAAGACCACUGAUGUCACUCAGAGUGAUGUCAGAGUGGCCUUCAACGAUGCUGGUUCUUGGUCGUACAUUGGGACUGACUCCACUCGGAUACCGCUGGAAUCCUUCUCCAUGAACCUGGGGUUUGUGGAUCGACCCACCGUCCUCCACGAGUUUGGUCACGCUCUGGGACUCAUACACGAGCACCAGAGUCCAUUCAAGGGCGGCUUUGAGUGGGACAGGGAAGAGGUAAUAAAGUCUCUGAGUGGCCCUCCCAACUACUGGGAUCCUGAUCGCAUUGAGAACAACAUGUUCAAACGUUACAACAGGAAGGACCUGGACGGUACUCUCUAUGAUGCCAAGAGCAUCAUGCACUACAGUUUCCCCCGCUCUUGGAUAAAAGGUAAAGGCUACCCCAACGGUAUAGAUCGUAAUGAUGAACUCUCUGAACGAGACAAGGAGCACAUUAAACGACUGUAUGGUCCCCCAAAGGGUGGUCCUAGAAUCAUACCCAUUACCACCAGCAGGGGGAGUGGGCGUGGUAGUACUGGGCCAGGUCGUCCAACCACGACAGUGACGAGGGUGGUCCCCACUCUCCCUGAGCGUCAUAAGCCAGUGACCAGCCUCCCACCACCUCGUACUGAUAGCAUCCACGACGUGCAGGUGUACGAGCCACACAAAGGAGAGCUCUCUGGUCCUGGGGCGGAGCUACUGAUCCGGUUCCACACCUCCAAGGAUGACCGCCCUCGAUACACAAUCCAGACUCACGGUGACUGUGACAUGAUCCUUGCUCUACUGGGUCCCAAUGACUACACCAAGCUCAUCAAAGUGGACGACGAUAGUGGAGACAGAACCAACGCUAAGAUUGUCGAGAGACUCAUGCCGGACAAAGACUACUACCUCCAAAUACAAACAUUCAAACCAGAGGGAGGAAAAUUUGAAUUUUCAAUUACUUCUUGGUAGCUCAAAUCCAGGACACUGUGUGUAUAGAGACAGUAUGUACUGUAUUAUGUUAGUUGGUAAAUGUACGUAUUACAUAUGUAUAUGUGAAUGUGUGAAAAUCAGUUAUGGCGUUGGUGUAAGGUUAUGG